GUCAAUGACUGUUGAUUGGACCUUGGACUUAGGCACUGUGUAGAAUAAAGUUCAAAAACAAUUAAAUUUAUUUUUAAUAUAAUUUUAAUUUAAAUUUUUAAUUAUGGGGUCUGAAACUGUAAGUCCUGUUAAAUAUUUCCUCAGUGGAGGAUUUGGUGGAAUAUGUACAGUAGUUGCUGGCCAUCCUCUUGAUACUAUUAAAGUACGUCUUCAAACUAUGCCUCUUGCUGGGCCAAAUGAAAAACCUCUUUACACAGGUACAUUUGAUUGCGCUAAAAAAACUGUAACAAAAGAAGGAAUACGUGGUCUAUACAAGGGUAUGGGAGCACCAUUACUUGGAGUGGCACCUAUAUUUGCUAUGAGUUUUUUGGGUUAUGGUGUUGGAAAAAAAUUACAACAGAAGGGUCCAGACGAUAAGCUCACCAUACCACAAUUAUUUUAUGCUGGUGCAUUUAGUGGAAUAUUUACAACUGUUAUUAUGGCACCAGGUGAACGGAUAAAGUGUCUUUUACAAAUACAACAUGCAGAUGCUGAGAAGAAAUAUAAAGGACCCCUUGAUUGCGCCAAACAACUUUAUCGAGAGGGAGGCCUUAGGAGUAUUUAUAAGGGUACAUGUGCUACCCUUUUGAGAGAUGUUCCUGCAAGCGGAAUGUAUUUUAUGACAUAUGAAACUUUACAAAGGUGGUUGACACCGGAGGGAGGAAAAUUAGGUUUACUAUCAACGAUAUUAGCAGGUGGUUUUGCCGGUGUUGCCAAUUGGGUAGUUGGUAUUCCACCAGAUGUUUUAAAAAGUCGAUUGCAAGCAGCACCCGAAGGCACAUAUACAAAAGGUAUUCGCGAGGUAUUCGCUCGUUUGUUAAAAGAGGAAGGACCGAGAGCACUUUAUAAAGGGUGUACACCCGUUAUGUUACGUGCUUUUCCCGCAAAUGCGGCAUGCUUUCUAGGAUUUGAAGCAGCUAUGAAUGUUUUAAAUUGGGUGGCACCCAAUUUAUAAGAUUCAAUUGAUAUUUUUUAUAUAUAAAAUUAUACAAUCUCAUAAGCAGUACCAACAAAGUUAACAAAUUACAUUUGUCUUAUUUGUUGAACGAUUAUUGUUACUAUAAUAGUGUAACUUUUAAGUUUAUUGUUUAAUUGAAAUGUUACACUUUUAA